UCGCUGCUUCCUAUGCUGGAAGACGCUUUGCGGCAUGUUGACUGAGCUGCUAGAAGUAAAUGUUUGGGCAGGUUCACUGCAUAAAACGGGGCCGCUGUGAUGAAUUUCUUUUAAAUGAACUAAAGACUGCCGUCUGGAAAGGCGCUGGUGACAGGAUUUCGAGAUGCGGACGCGCAGGACAGAGGUUGGAUGGUGACGGCAUGAGAAGGAACCUCGACGCUCGCCGUAGACCGGAGCCCAAGAUGGCGGCGUCAAUGUCAAUGGUUGUGAAUCGGAUUCGUCUCGCCCGGGCUCUCCCUCGGUGUUUACUGAGUCCGAACAGGCCAUUGAGCACUUCCACAUGGCAACUGGCACAGACUCAAACCAAGGAUAGGCAACUCAUCACGGUUGAUGAAAAGUUGGAUAUCAGUCCAUUAACUGGUGUCCCGGAGGUCCAAGUAAAAACACGGACAGUGAGGAUUUUUGUUCCAGCACGGAACGCAAUGCAAUCUGGCAUGAACAACACAAAAGUUUGGAAGCUGGAGUUUGACACCAGGGAACGUUGGGAAAAUCCCUUAAUGGGUUGGUCAUCCACAGCUGAUCCACUAUCAAAUAUAGAUAUAAGUUUUACCACCAAAGAGGACGCAAUUGCUUUUGUAGAAAAAAAUGGUUGGAAUUAUGAAGUAGAGGAAAAGAAGGUAAAGGUGCCCAGACCGAAGUCAUAUGGUGCAAACUUCUCUUGGAACAAAAGAACCAGAGUGUCAACCAAAUAAAUAUCCUCACAGUUAUCCAUUUGACUACAAAAAAAAUCAACUGUUAACCUUAACAUCUGAAUAAAUGUGACUACUAAACAAUGA